AUGACACUCUAUGAGGUGGCUGUGCAGAGCAGUGGCCAGGAGCCUGAGGACAGCCCGUUGACCAUACAUGUGCUUGACACUGCCUCUGGGCUCCCAAUCCCCGGCCUCUGCCUCCAUUUGUCCCAGCUUGAAGACCUCAGCCAGCAGUGGACAGAGCUAAGAAAAAGCUACACAGACCCAGAUGGCCACUGCCCUGGGCUCCUGAGGACAGGCCAAAUGAAGCCAGGCACCUAUAAGCUGUCCUUUGACACAGAGGGCUACUGGAAGGAGAUGGGGCAGGAGAGCUUCUACCCAUAUGUAGAGAUUGUUUUCACCAUCAUCAAUGAAACCCAGAAGUUCCACCUGCCUCUGCUGCUGAGCCCAUGGUCCUAUACCACCUACAGAGGGAGCCAGAGCUAG